CGCCGAAGAGGAUCACAAAGAGAUACAGUAGGAAAGCUUUACUUCCUAAAGUAUUAUUGCAACACCCGUUCCAGUUCUGUUCAUCCACACCUCAGAGUAGCAGCCAUGUCGCUCGUGAGGCGCAGCAACGUGUUCGACCCCUUCUCCCUCGACCUCUGGGACCCCUUCGACAACAUGUUCCGCUCCAUCGUCCCGUCGGCGUCCUCUGACACCGACACUGCCGCCUUCGCCAACGCCCGCAUGGACUGGAAGGAGACCCCCGAGGCGCACGUCUUCAAAGCCGACAUCCCCGGCGUGAAGAAGGAGGAGGUCAAGGUCGAGGUGGAGGACGGCAACGUGCUCGUCAUCAGCGGCCAGCGCAGCAAGGAGAAGGAGGACAAGAACGACAAGUGGCACCGUGUUGAGCGCAGCAGCGGCCAGUUCAUGAGGCGGUUCCGCCUGCCGGAGAACGCCAAGGUGGACCAGGUGAAGGCCGGGCUCGAGAACGGCGUGCUCACGGUCACCGUGCCCAAGGCCGAGGUGAAGAAGCCUGAGGUGAAGAGCAUUCAGAUCUCCGGUUGAGUGUGUGCCUGUGAAAGCGAGCAUGACGGGCUCCGCGUCGUGGAGCGAUGCAUGGACGUGAGGUGAAGUAUCUUGGCAUGUAAGAGUCGUGUGUCUAUCUACUCGUAUGCUUUCGUAUGUCUGGUGUGUAUGGUAUCUUGUAUUGUGUCCUGUACUUUGCCUGUUCAGUCUUCGGUGAGCUGAGCUCAGCUGAGCUCAGUGUGUUCUCCGCGUGAAGAAAUAAAAACAAGGCAGUUCUUGUCGUGUGUA